AAGAUACUUAACCGGUUGCAUCACUUGAUUAGCAUUAACUUGCAUAUGUGCUACACAAUUAAUUUAAGGCGUAUUGUUGGAAAGCUUCGUUAGAGCAGGUUCCUGCUAGUAAUUGUGGCGUAUUAUUGUAUCGUGACUAAAGUGUUUACGUCUUUAAAGUUAGUUGAAACCCACCAGCGAAAUGAAACAGUUGUAUGUGCUGACCUGGCUGUGCAUCUAUAUCCAUAUACCCGAUGUUGCCUCUGGAGCAGACCUUCGUGCCUGCAGACGUGAUAAAGUGUCGAUUCGGAGAUUCUGUCUGCAUCCUUAGCUCCAUCAAUGCCUUGAUUAAGCGCUACCCUCAGGGUAUUCCGGAGAUCGGCCUGCCGCGCCUGGACUCGUAUCAUUUUCCCGACACCAGCAUUCUGAACUCGACGCAAAGGGGACCCAUCUGGUUAAGCUUUCGUAUGCGGGACAAUGUUCACCGGGGCUUUAACAACGCCACUGUUACCCAUGUGGAGGGUUUCCUUCGACAGCCCAAUCAAAAGCAAAUUGUUCUGAAGGCCCAUGUGCCGAGACUUCUGCAUGACGCCACCUACGACCAGGAGGGGAGGUUCCUUCUAUUCGCCAUCAACACCACCGGCAGGUUGCAGUCCGACUUCCAAAACUUCAGUCUCACCCUGACCAUUAAGGUGAUCGAGGAGUACAGGAAUAACAAGCGCUAUUUAAAGGUCUAUAGUCUGGUACCCAAAAUCGAUUUGGAUCGUUGGAUCAUCUGGCUUGAUGACCUUUAUAAGGAAAACAUGGAUGUGACCAUAGCUUUGAACCGCAUAUUCAACGUGAAUUGGCUAGAGUUCUGGAAUGAGCUACAACCAGGUCUGAUCAAAUCGUUCACAACAGCCUUUACCACUUUACUGAAUAGGGUGUUCCAGAAUGUGGCCUAUGACGACAUGUUUUUACCCGAUCUAGAUAUACGAUCGGGCCUAUAGGGUACUUUAGAUACAUAUAUCGUUUAAGAAUUUUUCAUUAAGUUUAUACCUAAGGAUUGGUAACCGCUGAUAGUCGAGUAAAUCAAAUAAUAUAUUUAUGAUUUAAAAUAAUUCAAAUGUUAAUACUGAGUUAAGUUCUACUCCGAUAACAUGUUUUUCCCAUUAUACAAAGAGUCUGCAUGAAAUUAUUUUUAUUGUAUUGCAGUUUUAUUGGAGACAUAUAAGGACACAGAUUAAUAUUGCUCGUAAACCGGUUGCCUAGUUGAUUAACUAACUUAACUUUCCUAUAUGCUAGUCAGUUAU